AAAUUUGUAAAAAAAAUCGAUGUAAAUAUUGUAAAGAGGAAUAAGAAAACUCUGAAUUAAAAUUAAAAACUUUUUAUAAAAAUCAAAAUCGGCAUGAAAGGAGCAGAUACUCUCAUAUCAGUCCGAUUUUUAACCCUAUUGGGCCACUUUUCUAUCCUUGUAACUCUGUUAUGGGAGAACAACGAGAAUCUUCAUCAUUGUUUACCAAUUCAGAGCCAAUAUCCAAUGGCGAACGUUCAGACACAUCAACACUGGUUGCCAACGAACAGCAACAUUUGACUCAAACUCACGAAUUCAAACCAGGAUGGUCGUUCUAUUUGGUGCUAGCCGGGGUGACAACCACCUUCGGUUCCUCCUUGCCUGUGGGAUUCAACAUAGGAGUUGUCAAUUCGCCAGCUGAAAUUAUAAAGACCUUUUGCAACGAAAGUUUCAUAAGUCGCUACGAUCUGCCAUUGGAUAAGACAUGGCUCAAUGUGCUCUGGUCUUCAAUUGUAUCAAUAUUUAUUGUCGGAGGGUGCACUGGGUCUAUUCUCGGUUCCUGUUUUGCUGACAAGUUUGGAAGAAAAUAUGCCACAAUAAUCACGAAUCUCUUGUCGAUUGCGGGAGCGAUUCUAUUCUUAUUCUGUCGCGCCGCUAAUUCCGUGGAAAUGCUUAUACUUGGAAGAUUGCUCGUCGGUCUAUCUGGUGGUCUGACGACGAGCAUAGUGCCCAUGUACUUAACGGAGCUGUCACCGCCCAGGCUGUCGGGAGCCAUGGGGGUCGCCUGUCCCAUUGGGGUUAAUGCUGGAGUGCUCGUGGGACAAGUUAUGGGGCUGGACGUUAUAUUGGGUGGUGUCGACAAUUGGCCCUAUCUGUUAUCCGUCUUCGCGUUACUAGUCAUAAUAUCAUUGCCUAUUCUAUUUAUAUUACCAGAGAGUCCGAAAUACCUAUUUGUUGUUAAGAGAAACGAACCAGCGGCUAUAAAAGAACUGAGUCGCCUCCGGGGAGAAAUUCCGAGCGUUCUCACCGAAGACUUGGAACUGCUAAGAGAGGAAGUGCAAGCAGAAGCCAGCACGAGUGGAGAGAAAUGGGGAAUGUGGAGGGUAGCCCGCGAGCCUAAGCUUCGACUGCCCCUACUCCUCGCGUGCACCAUGCAAGCCGGCCAGCAGACCAGUGGGAUUAAUGCGGUGUUCUACUACUCGCAGACGAUCUUCGAGCAGGCGGGGCUGUCGGCGCGGGCGGCGCAGCUGGCCACCAUCGGCUGCGGCUCCGUCAACGUGUGCACGGCGCUGGCCAUGCUGCCGCUGCUGCCGCGCGCCGGCCGCCGCGCGCUGCUGCUGGCGUCCGCCGCCGCCGCCGCGCUGCUGCUGGCCGCGCUCGCGCUCGCCAUGGCCUACAUCGAUGCGAUGCCCUGGAUGCCGUACGUGUGCAUGGCGGCUGUGAUAUUGUACGUUCUGGUGUUUGGAUUCGGUCUCGGCCCUAUACCUUAUUUCAUUGCUUCGGAGCUGUUCGAGGUGAGCUCUCGCGCGGGCGGCAUGGCGUGGGGCUCGCUGUGCAACUGGGGCGGGAACUUCCUGGUGGGCAUGAGCUUCCCCACGCUGCGCGACUUCGUGGGCGCCGGCAGCUUCCUGCUGUUCUCCGCGCUCACCGCCGCGCUUUUCUUCUUCCAGAGAUCGUACUUCCCCGAAACGAAAGGCAAGACACCGACUCAGGUGGCGCAGCUCUGCAGUCGCGGGCUGAAAUCCCGUCCACUGAACUCCCGUCACCAGGGAGACGCCUGACGUCGUGACGUCAUUGGCCAGUAUCCCUUGACAUCGAUUAUUGACGCAGUUAAAAGACGGAUCUGAUCAAAUGCCUAUAAGUCUAAGCUAAUAAUAUAACUUUACAGAAUUGUAUGAAUGGAAUGUUAAAAAAAGAAAAUCUUUAACUAGAAAUUUCUGCUAAAAAUGACACUGCUAUAUCAUGGGUCGAGAAAAGCCACUCCCAUACAAACUAAACAAUAUUCACUUUAGAAUUUAUUAUUUAUUAAAUUAAAAAAAUGCCUUAGUGCUGAUCAAUUAUAAUGGAAGUGUUUGUGUUGAUUUGAAUGAUUUAUGUGUGUGUGUGGUCACAACUUUAAAUAGCAAAUGACGUAUUGAUCGUGUUGCCAGUUAUUUUACUUUCACAAUUAAAAUACAGAUAACGUAUUAGUAAUAGUAAGUAAAAGGGUUCUUUUUUUUUACAAAUAAUUUUGCAUAAUUGUAUGUUAUUAAUGGAAUGUUCGUAUUAAUUUUAUAUUCAAGUUGACUGCCUCGGUGUUCUUGUUACUUGAUAUACCGCAUAUCCCGACAUCCUGGGUUCAAACCCGAGGUCGGGCGAUAAAAAAAGCUAGCCUGGAAGUUGUGUAGACUCCCAUGUCUCGGAAUACACUUAAAGCUGGUCCUGCGCCGGAAAACUUUCCGUUAGUGUCGUAUUUGCCGUCCUGUCAGAUUAUGAGAUUGAGUGUGUGUUACGCACACACAUGUGCAGUAUAUAAAAACCGGUGCAGUUGGCUACUCUUUCUUGAAAUUGGAUGCCGUGGCCCAAAUCAGUUAGGACGACAUCACAUCACUGUAUUAGAAUUAAUUAGAACAUAAUAUAGAAUAGAAUCUUUAAGGUAUAUUUACCAUAAUACAAUGCAUUGGCACAAUAUAGUCACUAUUCUGACUUUUUGUUUUAAUAGUAAAAGUUUUACAAUUUGCCUAAAACGUAACCUAUAAAUAAAAAUUGUCUAUGUGGUAUCUCAUUCAGUGAUUAGCAAUACCAAGAGACCGUAUGAAUGGAUUCUAUAAAACAAAGAUACAAAGGAACAAUUAUUGCCAUCGCUGUACUUAAUAUUUUCUAAGUGUUACAAGCUUGAUAUUGUACUUAAAGUAUCGUUUAGUUUAAAUAUUCGCCGCGCAUUUCACGACUCAUGUAAUCAUUUUCAAGUAUCGCCAAAGUGGUCUUUAUAUUAUAUAAGAAUUAUCUUACCACAAGAAACAGCCUAUAUGUGACCCACCGUUGGCCCUCUUCCUCUUUUUGAGUGGGCGUGGAGGUUAUUUCACUAAGAUUUUAAAUGUGAAUAAUUAUAUUUUAUAUUAUUUUCUUGGUUGCGUUUCGGUUUGGAGGAUGAGUGAGCACGUACAUACACUGUACGUACACAUCAUCCUAAGGUUAGUGGCGUAUUGAGAAUGCAAGGAAUGAUUAAUUUAUCUCACAGCGCCAAUGUCUAUGGGCGGUGAUGACCACUUACCAUCAGAUGGUCAAUUCGCCCUUCCGUCUACUUAUACUAUAA